CAGGCAACAGGUGGGUGACUGUGUAACAGAUAAUUAUUUAACGACAACAGCCAUGUCACAGACGUUUGAGGAAUGUUUACAGACUUUCAUAAAGCAUGUGGAAGAAUUAAACAAAGAAGACGAGUCGGGAUGUAACGGCUACUUACGAGAGUUUGUGAGAAUAAGAGAAAUCCAAAAAUCCAACAAAGACAGUGGCCAUUUUCAGGCUGAAGCUGGGAAGAAGAGUGUUAAUAUCAAGAAGAACAGAUUUAAAGACAUUAUUCCAUUUGAUGCCAGUCGUGUUGUGCUCUCGACGCUAGAUGGAGUGGAAGACUCGGAUUACAUCAAUGCUAGCUUCAUCAAGAACAUUGAUGGAAAGCGUGGCUACAUUGCGGCUCAGGGUCCUCUCCCAAACACGGUUGAUGACUUCUGGCGCAUGCUGUGGGAGUACAACACAGAGAUUGUCUUCAUGGCCUGUCUCGUACAGGAGGACGGAAAGCGCAAGUGUGAAAAGUAUUGGCCAGAUCUUGGUAAAAGUCAUAAAUUUGGAAACAUUACAGUUAAAUUAGAAUCUGAGAAAGAGAUUGCUCAAGAUUUCAUAAAAAGGGAGCUCACUGCUGAAUCAAAUGGCCAAGUUCACCACUUGAUACAGUUUCAGUAUAAGGGCUGGGCAGAUCACGGGAUUCCACGCACUCCGGCAGAAAUUCGCAAAAUUAUCGGAAAGAUGCGAGAAACGAGACUCAAGGAAGACAUCCCUGUUGUUAUUCACUGCAGUGCUGGUUGUGGCAGGACAGGAACCAUCUGUGCUGUGGACUAUGUGUGGAAUUUACUUCUUUACAGGAGAUUAUCUGAAGGUUUCAGUCUUUUUGACAUUAUAAAAACUAUUCGAGAACAGCGACAGUCCAUGGUCCAGACACCGGACCAAUAUGAGCUUGUUCAUCUUGUGGUCAGGGAGCUGUGUGAGGAGAUGAUGAAUGAUUCGGACGAAGCGGAGUACGUCAAUGCCCACUUUGAAGAGGUGUAUACCAAUGCUGAUGUUAUCGACAAUCCAGACCUGACUGAGGAUUUGUAUCAAGACAUUGGUAUCAGUAGUGCAGACACAACCAAGCAGAAACCUGUAAUCAUGGCAGAGAAGCCAAUUAUUAAACGGAAGCCAGAAAUUGUGGAAAGACAGACAAUUACGAAAGAUGACAGCAAAAGUCUAGUUUCAACUUCUGGACAAAAUGCUCCCACGAAACAUUCUUAUGAGAAUGUUGCACCCAAAGUUAACGGGGCAGGUUUUAAAACUGUAAUAAAAAAUGUCAACACUACAAGAGCUGAAAUCGUGAAGAAUAAACCACACCCAGUUGAAACUCAGAAAAACAAAAUGUCUGAUUCUCAGCCAGCUGGUGCCAUGGCAACCAAGACUGACCAUUCACAGACUGGCACUACGAAACAUGUUCCUAAUGGAGCUACAGCCAGCCAAUCAGCGGCUUUCAUUGGUGACAAUGUUUAUUCCAAGGUGGAGCAGAACAAAGUUCAACAAACACCACCAGGGGGCAGCACUGCAGUGGCAGAAGAAGAAUAUGCUCCGGUGGAUUUUAAAAUGAAAGAUGAACCGGUUUGUGUGGAAUCACAAAUGGGAAGUAACUCUGGUCCACAGCACUCAUUCUUGUAUGAAAAUCAUAUUUUGCCAUCAACCAGCUAUGAAAAUUACAAUCUCCCCGCAGCUGAAUCUAAAACAUCAAUCCCUGCUUCUCGACCAGUAAUCACACCAGAGGAUGAUGCUCCGGUUCUACCAGACAGACGUUAUGAUCCACAAGAAAUUCAUCCAGCUCAUUCCAAACCUAAUGCCAAGAACUUGGCUCCACCACCACCUGCAACGGGCCAUUCUGGGGUGCAGGUUUUGAACUUAGCUGCUGCUAAAGGUCAAGGCCAUUCCGGUGUGCAGGUCAUGAACCCAGCUUCAACCAAAGGUCAAGGUCCUCCUGGGGUGCAGGUUAUGAACCCAACUGCAGCCAGAGGUCAAGGCCAUUCUGGUGUCCAGGUCAUGAACCCAGCUGCAGCUAGUGGUCAAGGUCAUUCUGGCGUGCAGGUCAUGAACCCAGCUGGACCCAGAGGUCAAGGUAAUCCUGGGGUGCAGGUCAUAAACUCUGCUCCAGCUAAGUCUGGACAGCAGACAAAGGGCACUGAUGGAGUGAGAAUCAAGUGUGACGGUGGCCGACAACCACAGACCUGGGGAUUCCAUGGACCAAGAAUCGUAGAGCAGUCUUGGCUUGCUCCCAACAUUGGCGUGCAGCAUGCAGGGGGGAGUGUGCGUAGCAGGAGGAGCAUGAAGUCGGCGGGACCACAGCAUGUCGCAUAUAACAUAAACCAGUACAACAAUGUUCAGAUGCAGCAUGGGAGUGGUGGGCAGACCGUGCCACCGAAGAAGGGAAUUGUGCAGCAGUUACUGGGUGGUACCAGAGAUCGUUAUGUCAGCAAAGGGACACAUGGGAUUGGCUAUGAAAAUACUGAGAUAGGGUUCCCCAGUCGAGUGGGGCAUCCUCGUGGCUCCCGUCCACUACCGCAGAGCUGGAUAAACCCCCGAUGACACUGAUCAACAGACCAGCUAGGUGUCAGUAUUUCCUACAGCAACAUUCAGCAAUUUGUGUAUUCUUAGAAACAUUUUUUCUUGAGUUUGCAAGAUUAUACAUAGAAUGUCAUGUCA